AUGGGUCCCGCCAAUGUCGACCUUCAACCACCCAAGGCGAUUGGGACACAUACCGAAGGCACCGAUGCGCCCAUACGAGCACUUCAAGUGUGCUCGCACUGCAAGAGUAUCAAAAAGGGUUGUGAUAAAAAGCUGCCAAGGUGUAGCCAAUGCAUCAAACGACGUGCAGUGUGUCGAUACAGCGAACCUUCUUCACCACGGCGAUAUGGCGAUGAGAUCGUGGUGGCAGUCCCUGCUAUAGAACCCAGUGGCUCUUCGACUUCUUGGACGUCAAUCCCAAAACCUAUACCGACAAGAUCGAAUCCUUGUAUCCAAUUGUCGAUGCUAUUGAUGAACUCGAUAUCAGAUGUAAUGCAACCCAAGGGCUCUAGUCUCCCUAUCUCGACGGAUGCUGUUUUCCACUCCCAAGUCUGCAACAUCAUUCGAGCGGAUGGCCAGUACGUUGAGGACAUCGUCACGAAGUAUUUUAAUGGAGUUCAUGGGUGGCUUCCGAUCAUUUCGAAGACGCGAUUUUAUGAUAUGUUUCGAUCAUCACAAACCGCACCUAUGGCAGACUUCUCGAUUCUCCUGCUCGCCAUGCGGCUGAUAAUUCAACAUCCCUCUCCGGAUCCUGAUGAUGAUCGGGAUCGCGAGAUACUCUAUCUCGCAACCAAGACACUUUUGGCACAGGCGCAAAGCUUCACCCCGUCAUCAUUACGUCUUAUCCAGGCGGGAAUCAUCGUCGCUCACUAUGAGCAAGCAAAUGGCAUGGUUGACGCUGGGUAUGUAACUAUUGGCACAUGUGCAAGAAUGGCAAUUGCGAUUGGUAUGCAAAAUCCGAAGUGUUCAGAAGCGCCGCUUGGUAGUGACUCCUGGACUCAUGACGAGGAAGUUCUUUCCACAUGGUGGGGGCUCGUGAUAUGCGAUAGUAUAAUUGCAUCCAACCCUCGAAUGGCCGGCCGUCCUUUAGCAUGGCGCCCUAUUCGUCAUAACGAUUAUUUGCCUUUGGAAGCUGAUGAGCUAGUUUCCCAUGCUACUAAGCUGAUGAACCUAGAACCCCGCUAUUUUGUGUCAUCGACUCUACCUCGCAUAGGCAUGUUCGGUGGUGAAGCCCAGGCGAUAUACUUGCUACAGAAGGUUAGACUUGCGAUUAAUGAGCGACAAGUAAAUGCGGAGACUCUAAUGACCCUCGGCCGUGAACUGCAAAACCUCUUGACUGCCAAUAUGAAUCAGCCGACUGGACGGUGGUGUCAUUACAGUCCUGCUACGAAGAUUUUGAUUGUGGCUAUGUACACAUUGAACCGGGCUGCGUCCAAUGCGACUGAUAUCGACCACCGGUCAGAUUGUGUAGGAGCAAUCAGGGUCACUCUCGACACUAUUACUAGAAUGGUCAUCGACAUUGCACACGCUUUCAACAAGGAAUGCCAUACGUUUGACAUCGAAACAUUCCCUCCAUCCGUUGCAGACAUCGUACAGUGUGCCCAGGAGCAUAUUUUAAUGUGCCAGGACUUUGGAAAUGAGCAGUGGAUCCAGGACUUUGAAGCAUUGAGAAAAAUGCUGCAAUAUUUUAAUAAGCGGUGGACUCUUGCAGGUCAAGAGCUUUGUCUUUUAGACAAUGCCGUCGAGAGCACGAUGCAAAAACGGCAACAAGCUGCAUUUAGUAGAUGCACUUGA